GAGAAAUUGUGCCGAUAUUUGCUACUUGGUCGCAGGGAAAAUUCUUCGUUAGCUGGAAAAACAAACGAUUCGGUGUUUUGCUGUGUAGCUGCCGGCAGUUAAUAUUGAUUAUAGAAAGUGUCGUACUAUUAAUAAGAAAUGGAAAAUAAUGUAAGAACUCAUGAAGACAUAGAGUCUCAUAUCCGAGAUUUGCAGGCCAAAAAGAAGGAGCUAAACGCCGAAGCGACAAAGGAUCAGGGCGUAGGAUUGGGUGACCGUGGGUACUUCGAUAGCGAUUUUUACGAUGGCGGUGAUACGAACAGCAAAUAUGAAGGAUACGUUACCUCGAUCGCGCCCAACGACGAUAUUGAUGAUGAGGAGGAUGAUGGUAUGCCCAUCGGUCGGAACAACCGGCCGAUGGGUUACACGGCACCAACGGAACUGCUGAACGAAAUGGGCCAGGGUGAGGAUUACGAUCCAUUUGCGGAGCGACGUAAAUCGACGGUGGCAGAAAAGGAGGAUGAAUAUCGCCAAAAACGUAGAAGAUUAGUCAUUUCCCCAGAGCGAGCGGAUCCGUUUGCCGAUGGAGGCAAAACUCCGGAUGUUGGUUCACGUUCGUAUACGGAAAUUAUGCGCGAGCAAAUACUGAAAGGCGAAGAAGCAGAGCUACGCAAAAAAAUCCAAGAAAAGGCGAAGGACGGAUCGCUAAAGAUUAGUAUGACCAUCUCAUCCGCGAAACCAGCCCCGGUCGAGGCGAAGAAGCGUGGCCGUUGGGAUCAGGCAGUCGAUGUGCAGUUUGUGACACCAAAAAAGGUUGCCGUACCAGCGACUCCGACAUGGGAUACUGAGAAAACUCCAGCUGACCAUCGCUGGGACGAAACACCUGGGCACAAGGGGAGUGAAACACCCGGAGCAACGCCAAACGUGCGCAUCUGGGACGCAACACCGGCCCACAUAUCCGGUGCGGCUACCACACCGGGUCGCGAAACGCCCGCGGAAAAGUCGACUCGUCGCAACCGCUGGGACGAAACGCCGAAAACUGAGCGUGAAACACCCGGCCACUUGUGGGCCGAAACACCUCGUACCGAUCGCGUCUCCGGUGAUGGUUUGUUACUGGACGCUACCACGCCCGCUUCAAAGCGCCGUUCUCGCUGGGACGAGACACCGUCCAAUGCCGCCACCCCGUCUGCCAUGACACCGUCUAUCGCAAUGACACCCACGCCGCACGGCACGUCGACACCGAGUCAUGCCACUCCACUACUCACACCGGGCGGAACAACACCGGUCGGACACAAGGCGAUGGCGAUGGCAACGCCAACACCAGGCCAUCUCGCGUCCAUGACACCUGAACAGCUGCAGGCAUACCGUUGGGAAAAGGAGAUCGACGAACGUAACCGACCUUUCACGGAUGACGAGCUGGACGUUAUGUUCCCGCCCGGUUAUAAGAUACUCCCGCCGCCGGCCGGCUACAUUCCGAUUCGAACGCCGUCCCGUAAGCUGACCGCAACACCGACCCCGAUCGCCGGCACACCGGCUGCCUUCUUUAUCCAGACCGAGGACAAAACGGCACAAAAGUUCGUGGACAAUCAGCCGAAGGGCAAUCUGCCGUUCAUGAAGCCGGAGGAUGCGCAGUACUUCGACAAACUGCUGGUCGAGGUGGACGAAGAGUCGCUGAGUCCGGAGGAGCAGAAGGAGCGUAAAAUUAUGAAACUGCUGCUAAAGAUCAAGAACGGCACGCCACCGAUGCGUAAAGCGGCUCUCCGACAGAUUACAGACAAAUCGCGAGAGUUUGGUGCAGGCCCACUGUUUAACCAGAUUUUACCGCUGCUGAUGAGUCCGUCGCUUGAGGAUCAGGAGCGGCAUUUGUUGGUGAAAGUGAUCGAUCGCAUCCUGUACAAGCUAGACGAUUUGGUCCGUCCGUACGUGCACAAGAUUUUGGUCGUAAUCGAACCACUGCUGAUCGACGAAGAUUACUACGCGCGCGUGGAAGGUCGCGAAAUUAUUUCCAAUCUGGCGAAGGCGGCUGGUUUAGCGACGAUGAUCUCAACAAUGCGUCCCGACAUCGACAACAUCGAUGAGUACGUGCGGAAUACGACGGCACGAGCAUUUGCAGUUGUUGCAUCCGCGCUUGGCAUUCCGUCGCUACUGCCAUUCUUGAAGGCAGUCUGCAAGAGCAAGAAAUCGUGGCAAGCGCGCCACACGGGCAUCAAGAUCGUGCAGCAAAUCGCGAUUCUGAUGGGUUGUGCCAUCCUGCCUCAUCUGAAAUCGCUGGUCGAAAUUAUCGAGCACGGGCUUGUGGAUGAGCAGCAAAAGGUGCGCACCAUAACAGCACUUGCGCUGGCCGCUCUGGCCGAGGCAGCGACACCGUACGGCAUCGAAUCGUUCGACUCGGUGCUGAAGCCACUGUGGAAAGGCAUUCGGACACAUCGGGGCAAGGGUUUGGCCGCGUUCCUGAAGGCGAUCGGCUAUCUUAUUCCGCUGAUGGAUGCUGAGUACGCGAACUAUUACACUCGCGAGGUGAUGCUAAUUUUAAUCCGCGAGUUCCAGUCGCCGGACGAGGAGAUGAAGAAAAUUGUGCUGAAGGUGGUGAAGCAGUGCUGCGCGACGGAUGGUGUGGAGGCGCAGUACAUCAAGGAAGAGAUAUUGCCUCACUUUUUCAAACAUUUCUGGAACCAUCGGAUGGCACUGGAUCGGCGCAACUAUCGCCAGCUGGUCGACACGACGGUCGAGAUCGCGAGCAAGGUCGGUGCGUCGGAGAUUGUUAACCGUGUGGUAGAUGAUCUUAAGGAUGAGAACGAGCAGUACCGCAAGAUGGUGAUGGAAACAAUUGAGAAAAUUUUGGCGAACCUCGGCGCAGCCGACAUCGAUUCACGGCUGGAGGAGCAACUGAUCGAUGGUAUACUGUACGCAUUCCAGGAGCAAACGACCGAGGACGUAGUGAUGCUAAAUGGGUUUGGCACGAUCGUUAAUCAGUUGAGCAAGCGCGUAAAGCCGUACCUGCCGCAGAUCUGUGGCACAAUCCUUUGGCGGUUGAACAACAAGUCGGCCAAGGUACGGCAGCAGGCUGCCGAUCUGAUCUCGCGCAUUGCGGUCGUGAUGAAGACGUGCCAAGAGGAGAAGUUGAUGGGUCACCUCGGAGUGGUACUGUACGAGUACCUUGGCGAAGAGUACCCUGAGGUGCUAGGGUCAAUAUUGGGCGCUCUCAAAGCGAUUGUCAACGUGAUUGGCAUGACAAAGAUGACGCCCCCAAUCAAAGAUCUGCUGCCCCGGCUGACGCCCAUCCUGAAAAAUCGACACGAGAAGGUACAGGAGAACUGUAUUGAUCUGGUCGGCCGUAUUGCGGACCGUGGUCCGGAGUAUGUGUCGGCCCGUGAAUGGAUGCGUAUCUGUUUCGAGCUGCUCGAAUUGCUGAAAGCGCAUAAAAAAGCGAUCCGACGUGCAACCGUUAACACCUUCGGGUACAUAGCGAAAGCAAUCGGUCCACAUGACGUGCUGGCGACGUUGCUCAACAAUCUGAAGGUACAGGAGCGCCAGAAUCGCGUCUGCACGACGGUCGCGAUCGCAAUCGUGGCGGAAACAUGCCGUCCGUUCACUGUGCUUCCCGCGCUCAUGAACGAGUACCGUGUGCCGGAGCUAAAUGUGCAGAACGGUGUGCUCAAAUCGCUGUCCUUCCUGUUCGAGUACAUUGGCGAGAUGGGCAAGGACUACAUCUACGCCGUCUGCCCGCUGCUCGAGGACGCACUAAUGGAUCGCGAUCUGGUCCACCGGCAGACGGCUUGUGCCGCGAUCAAACACAUGUCGCUCGGUGUUUACGGUUUCGGGUGCGAGGAUGCGCUCGUCCAUCUACUUAACUACGUGUGGCCGAAUAUCUUCGAAACGUCGCCCCAUCUGGUGCAGGCGUUCAUGGAUGCGGUCGAAGGACUGCGAGUAGCGCUGGGGCCGAUCAAGAUACUGCAGUACACUCUGCAGGGACUGUUCCAUCCGUCGCGGAAGGUGCGCGAUGUGUAUUGGAAAAUUUAUAACUCGCUGUACAUUGGCGCCCAGGAUGCGUUGAUUGCAGGCUAUCCGCGUAUCACGAACGAUCCCAAAAAUCAGUACGUUAGAUACGAGCUGGAGUACAAUCUAUAAGGAUUGUAAGGAAGAUCUCGGGCUCUCGCAAGCUCUUUUCUAUGUAUACUGUGUGAAAAGUAUCGUGAAUCUUUACGGUUGAAAUAACUUUUACAAUUAUCCUUCAUUGUGUCCUAGGCACACAAAAAUCAGCACCUAGCAUCUUAUUUUUUAUCCUUUUUUUAAUCAUCUACUUCUUGUUAAAUUUGAUUAGUGUACUUGUAAAUAAAUGUUCCGUUCUGUUCAUUGAACUUCGACUGCA